AUGUGGGUGCGAGGUGUGACUAAGCCCGAGCCAGAGUGAGGGUUGGGACGACUGGCAGCCAGCUGAUGGAUGUCAACACGGUGGUUGACCCGAGACGCUUCUCGAACACUAUCAUCCAUCCUUUCACCCGCUGGACAGCGGCAAGCAACAACAGGAAAGAUUUGUUCAAGUCUUACUCAAUAACACACUAACUUAGCCAGAGGAAAGAUGCCUGAAGUAGACCAGACUAAGGAGAUGAAGGUAGAGAAGGUGGAAGAGGUGAAUGUUGAACUUGAAGGCAAAACAGAUAUUCCAGAUGAUGGAUGGCUUGAUGUUCUAGGUAGUGGAGACCUCAAGAAAAAGGUAAUCAAAGCUGGAAUUGUGGAAUCACGGCCAUUUAAGGGACAUACCGUUGUGAUGAAUGCGUACGGGAAGCUAGAGAAUGGUAUGGAGGUAGACAAACGCGAGCAGCUGACAUUUACAAUUGGAGAUAGUGAGGUGAUUGUGGGUUUGGAUAUGAUUGCACCACUAAUGGAUAAAGGUGAAAUUGCACUUGUGUACAUAGCAUCCAGGUUUGGAUAUGGCAGCAAGGGUCUUCCUCCAAACAUCCCACCAGACAGCAAUAUAAUUUAUCAGGUUGAACUCUUGGACUAUGCACCAGAACAGGAGCCUUGCUCAUUAUCUAUCACUGAGCGCAUGGUCAUUGGGAACCGUAAACGUGAACGGGGAAAUUGGUGGUUCAACAGGGAGGAGUAUUCCAUGGCCAUACAGUGUUACAGUGCAGCUAUAGACUUCCUUGAUGAUGCUGAGGAGGAGUAUGGGGAUGACAUCAGACCAGAGGUGAGGGAAAUAUUGGCAGAAAGACUGAAGGCCCUAAAUAAUAUGGGAGCAGCACAAAUUAAAAUUGAAGCAUAUGAUAUGGCAGUGAAAUCUUUGGAUACAGUUUUAAAGUGCCAACCUAGCAAUGUAAAGGCACUCUUCAGGAAAGGAAAGGUACUAGGCAUUCAGGGGAAAAUGAAAGAAUCGGUCACCUUACUGAAGUUGGCCCUUGAGCUUGAACCAGAGUCACGUCUCAUUCACCAAGAAUUGGCAAAGAUGCGGGAGAAAGCACGAAUUGAGGCCGAAUCUGAGAAGUCAUUGUACAGACGUAUGUUAGGCUUGAAAAAGGACAUAACACAGUCUGAUAGACGGUAUCCAGUUAUUAAAAGUUUUCCAUGGAAGACUUGGUUGAUAGCCUUUGUGAUUCUCCUGAUAGCAUUGGUAGCUUACCAGAAUCUAACACCACUAUAUGAACUCAUUUAAUUAAUGUUACAAAUAAGUAAGAGGACAUCUAUAAUUUCUUCUAGUUCAACAUUGAUCAAUUUCAUCAACUUGAAAGUUCAAAAAGGAAAAUGACACUAUUUAAUAUUAAAAGGUUUUAACUUAUUUUAAUGAAAUGAAAUUUCUAAAAUACGUUUUGUUUAAUGUCUUGCAUAAAUAUGAAGUGUUUUAGUUUUUAUAGCUUACAAUAAGGAAGAAUUGAUUUUAAAUAUAACUUGGGCAACUGUAUAUGUUAAGUAAUUCCUAAACAUUUUUACUUCUUAUAUUUUAGUUCAAAUUUGUUCUUUUUUUUAUACAUUUUGAGUUAUAAGGGAACAAAAGUCUUAUAAAAAGUUUGUAUGAUUGAAUUGAGCACAAGUUAUAUCUAUGAUAUGAGGUAGAUUGGUGAUUUGAUUACAGUUAUAUCCAGAGAAUUUCUCAAGCUAUCUUUUGGCAGACAGUAUAAGGAGAGAAAUAUUAAUUAAUUUGUUAGGAAUAAUUCUUAGGGUUAAGAAUAAUUUUAUCCCUCAUACUUACUAUUUUAAGUGCCCUUCAUGUAUAUAGUACCAUAGAUGAUAUCCAAGGUGUCACUUCAAAGCCAUAAUCAAGAUGCACAUUCCAGUAUAUACUUGUUAAAAUUUUGACUGCUUUCACAUGACAGUUGGUCGAGCACAUAUUUUGAUUCCAGUAAGUGUCCAGAGGCACAUGAACAUAAGCAGGGUUAGUAUCUUGCAUAGCCAAUUUUGAUAUUGCUGUAUAUUGAGAUAAUGGAAAUUUGUCCAUUGUGGCUCAAUUACAUUCAAGAAAAUUAUAAUUUUGGGGUGCCAACAACUUUGGUAUAAUGUUCAUUUUCUAUAUUAAAGUCCAAUACUGCAGUUGCAAGAUACAUUGUUAUAUAGCAACUGGCAUAAUGUUAGAAAUGCUGCAGAUUUGUUUCAACAACAAUCACAAUAUCAAGGCGAAUAGGUUAAUUAGGCAACUGCUGUUCCUUAUAAAGUGAGAGAAGUAGCACAAACUUAAUCAUAAAACCUUUUUUUCAUAGUGAAGAGGGGUUAUAUCGUGCCAUUUUCAUUGCAUACAGCAUAACAUUUUAAUGUGAGUAAAUUGUAAAUGUUAUAAAACUGGUUGUAGUGAUAUAGUGCUGUUAAGAAAAAGAGACAGCUAGUAUCUAUUUUCUUUAUAAUGGUAAGGUGUUCUUGUGCUAGUGUUGGUGCAAUGGUUAAUGUAGUUACAUCAGAAAUAUUGUUUAUGGAAUACCUGCAUAAAUUUUACAGCAAUAACUGCAUUAACUUUAGGAAAGAAUUAUAUGCACUGUUUUAAAAUUCUUUUAUGUAGUGUUUAUACAUUCCUAAGAAAACAUUUAUUGA